CAUCCGUCCUGCUCUGGGGACAGGGCUAACUUUGGGCAUGCAUUAGAGGAAGAGAAGAAGGCUGGCCCUGCACAGGGAGAGAUACCACAAUGUCCAGCUGGGACUCGCCCCCAGAUUACCCCCUCAGCUCAGACAUAGUGAGGAGAUUAAAGUCUGCUCUGGCCACUGGGGACGAGGACACUGUACAGAAGCUGAUCUGCACUGAGGUGGAGCCUGUGGACGCUGUAAUAGAACUCGCUAAUGAUGACUGGAUGAAGGAGCCCUCAGCCGAGCUGCCCACGGGUGUACUGCUAGGAGACCUGGACCACAUCCGGCUCCUCAUGGACCAGUGCUUCUGGGAUGCCAACGCAGUGUUUGAGAUCAAUAACGGAGAGAUGGAAUGGCAGGUGACAUCCCUGGCCACCUUUGGGCUCUCAGGUCUCUGGACCCUGGAGUACAAGCGGGAGCUCACCACACCACUGUGCAUCGCUGCGGCCCAUGGCUACGAGUCCUGCGUGCGACACCUGCUCAGUCGCAAAGCUGAUCCCAAUGCCAAUCCCGGAGGUCGUGGUGCCCUACAUGAGGCCUGUCUCGGGAGCCAUACCGCCUGCGCCCGACUGCUGCUGCAGCACGGAGCAGAUCCAGAUCUGCUCAACUCCGAGGGCCUGGCACCCCUGCACCUAUGCCGCACACCCGCCUCGCUUGGGUGCGCUCAGGAGCUGCUGGAGCACGGCGCGACAGUCCAGCUGGAGGGUGGCCCUGGCCGAGACACACCGCUGCACGUGGCGGCCCAGCGCGGCCUGGACGAGCACGCGCAACUCUACCUGGGCCUCGGCGCGCGCGUGGACGCGAGGAACGGCCGCGGCGAAACGGCCCUUAGCGCAGCGUGCGGAGCGGCAGCGCGGAGCCCCGACGAGCACGCGCGCUGCCUGCGCCUGUGCGCGCUCCUUCUGCGCGGCGGCGCGGCGACAGACGCGCGUGACGAGGACGAGCGCAGCCCGCUGCACAAGGCCUGCGGCCACGCGCGCCCCGGCCUGUGCACGCUCCUGCUGCGGCACGGCGCCGACGCGUGCGCGCUCGACUAUGGUGGCGCGUCCCCGCUGGCGCGCGCGCUGCAGAUGGCCACGUGCGCGCCCCCGACAGCGCCGCAGCGCACGGUCCAGGCGCUACUAAAUCACGGAUCCCGCUCCGUGUGGCCUGAUGCCUUUCCCAAGGUGCUGAGGACAUGUGCACAGGUGCCCGAUGUCAUUGAAGUUCUGUUCAACUCCUACACUCAGCUCCCAGUGUCUGAGUCCUGGCGGGAAGCCAUCCCUGAAGAAGUAUACCAGAUGCACAAGCCUUUCUACAGGUCUCUCUUCGCCUUGGCACACACCCCGCGCUGCCUGCAGCACCUUUGCCGCUGUACUAUCCGAAAACUCUUCGGCAAGGAGAGUGUUCACCUUGUGCCCCAGCUACCGUUACCUGAGACUCUGCAAAAUUACCUGCUUUUGGAGCCAGAGGGUGUUUUGCGUUGAAACCACGGCCUUGGGGCCCAGGUUCUUCUCUGCAUCUUCCCCUUUCUGCAAAGGUUCUAUGUCAGGGACAGAACCCUGGUAUGGGGG